AUGGCUACCGACAAGAUUACUUUCCUGACCAACUGGCACGCCACCCCGUACCACGCCCCCCUCUACCUCGCCCAGUCCCGCGGCUACUUCAAGGAUGAAGGCCUCAAGGUCGCUCUCCUGGAGCCCAAUGACCCUUCCGAUGUGACUGAGAUCAUCGGUAGCGGCAAGGUCGACAUGGGCUUCAAGGCCAUGAUCCACACCCUGGCGGCCAAGGCUCGCAACUUCCCAGUGACCUCCAUCGGUUCCCUGCUCGACGAGCCCUUCACCGGUGUCGUCUACCUGAAGUCUAGCGGUAUCACCGAGGACUUCCGCUCGCUGAAGGGCAAGCGCAUCGGCUACGUCGGCGAAUUCGGCAAGAUCCAGAUCGACGAGCUGACCAAGUACUACGGUAUGACCACCGACGACUACACCGCCGUCCGCUGCGGUAUGAACGUCACCAAGGCGAUUAUCCGCGGUGACAUCGACGCCGGUAUCGGUCUCGAGAACGUCCAAAUGGUCGAGCUGGCCGAGUGGCUCGCCGAUCAGGGUCGUCCCCGCUCCGACGUCCAGAUGCUCCGCAUCGACCAGCUCGCCGAACUGGGCUGCUGCUGCUUCUGCUCGAUCCUGUACAUCGCCAACGACGCCUUCAUCGCCGCGAACCCGGAGAAGGUCUCGGCCUUUAUGCGGGCCGUCAAGCGCGCUACAGACGAUGUCCUCGCCGACCCCGCCAAGACCUACGAGGAAUACAUCGAUAUCAAGCCUAUCAUGGCCACCCCCGUUAACCGUAAGAUCUUCGAGCGCUCGUACGCUUACUUCAGCCGCGACCUGAAGAACGUCGCCCGUGACUGGAACAAGGUUACCAACUAUGGCAAGCGUUUGGGUAUUCUGAACGAUGGCUUUGAGUCAAACUACACCAACAGCUUCCUUUCCUGGACCCUGGACGCGGACUCCACUGAUCCCACUGGUGAUCAGAAGCGCAUGGCUGCGCUGCAGGAGGAGGUUGCUGAUAAAGGUGGCUUUAAGCGUCUUGAGGUUUCGGUUUCGGCUUAA